AUGUUGAGCCGUCGCAAGUCAGGCUUUCAGGCCGAUUCCGCCCCCACCGACGCGGACGUGGCACCUUCACGGCCCCGGAACAGGUUGUCCAAGCCUCCCAGUAUGCACCACAAUCUCAAGUCUGCCAGCAAUCCUUCCUUGCAGGAUCCUGAGCAACGGAAAAAGACUGCCAGUGCGGAGAGCCUCACAACGGAUGACCAGGCAGUAAAAAUAGCACCCAGUGUGGGGAAGCAUGAAAGUGCAGGGAGUGUCUCUGAGAUCGUCAGCAGAUUCGAGGCAGGCCACCAAUCCCAGGCGCCUAACAACUCGUCUCAGCUCUCACUCCUCUCCAUCUUAAACAAAAGGAAUUCGCUAAAGGCAUCUACACCCUUGAAUUCGCUAGUCAGCACCAGACGUCCGAGUCUGAAGACCACAAACAGUAAAGACCGCCUCUCUGUUCUCAAGAACGACUCAAGGACCAGUCUAUCGCCUAGCCCUUCUGUCGACGAUAGUACCGACAAGCGCAACUUCUCUCGCCGCUCGUCGUAUGUCCCUGGUGUAGCUACGCGAAAAGGCAGCUUCGUCGGAGCUAUCAAGGAGGAAAAGGAGCCCAGCAAGUCCAUGGAGAAGCAUCUAGCAUUGCCGGCCAAGCCCAUUCAAGAUGAUGCCCGGUCGUUCGACGAGGGCGAUGAUGAAGAUUGGUUCCCUCCUCCUCAAGUCGCUCGUGCCGAGACGCCGCAAAGUCUAGAUUAUACUCACCUCGGCGGCUUAAGUCUCGGUUCGUUGCAGGUCGUUAACGGCAGGGCCUCACCGACUCCCAGCAACAUGUCGAAGCAGCUCCUUAUGCGUCGACCAAUGACUAGAGACACAUCCAGCGACUACGGCGACGUGGAAGGUGGCGACCAGCGUAGCAGAGGAUUUCUGAACGGCGACUCCGUCUAUUCAACCAGAAAUCGUUAUCGCGAUUUCAGUUGGCAGAGCAACGGCUCUUCCAGACUUCACGAUGAAGUACCUCCCAUCCCUGGUGCUUCAGACCCCACCACCUUCCUGGCUUCCGAGUAUAUGGCAGAGCUUCCGCGAAACCCUUAUGCUGCACGUCAAAUGAGCUUCGCCCAGAGAGAGGAGGCAUUUGAUGUCGCUCGGUCUACAUCGCUCAAGAAAUCAGCUUCCACAGGGAGCAUGCGCAGCUACGAGUCCCUUGCAGCAGGAAGCAACAGGUCGAGCUCUCCAGUGCCCUCGAUUCGGUCUGAUAGCGGAUCCGUUCUGCGAACAACCACCAAGCGCACUGAGAUGGAAGACGAGCUCUUUGAGGACGAAGCUCUAGGACCAUCGCCAACGAAUGACCGAGAAACCCCAGAAUCCUGGCACUCAUGGAACCCACCCACCGAUCCUCGCAAUCAAAGCAAUCAAGGCUUCGAGUCUGCCCUUGAAUACUCUCGAGUUGAAGAUGUGGAUGAUGGUUCUCACCGCAGUCAGAGCAUCGAUAUUGUUAUCAAAGAUGCCCAGGACACCGUUAGCACGUCGGUUGAGGUGCGAACCACGUUGCUGACUCCAGCGUCCAUAGCAGAUCUUCGCACGUCGGAGAACAAUGGCUUCGAGUCUGCUCUUGAGUUCCAAUCCCCGGUUCAACUUGAGCCACUCACGGAGCCACGCACGGAGCCGGAUCACGCCAACUUACACUUGUUGGAGCCUCACAAAUUCUUUGGCAAAUCUGACUCUGGCUACUCCUCGAAUGUAUCGCUGAGAUCCGUGUCUGGAGAUAAGGCGACGGCAAGGGUGUCCAUGGAAGCCGAUCGACGCAGUCUUGUUGAGAAAGUCUUCAAGCCUAUCCUGAAGUCUCGUAAGACUGCUCCGAUAGUGCCGACUUUCGAGAACAUUCGACCUCCCGCAGUCAGUGCCAGGUCGUCUACCAUAAGUGCACCCAUCGUGAGCUCUGCAGAGAAUGAGCAUCCCAAGAAGGCCAAGAAAUUGACCAAGCGUCUGCCAUUGUUAAGGCAGAAGCAACCCAUCAUCUUGCAGACCAUCCAGAGCAUCGACGAUCUGACAAUCCCGCCUGUGCCAGCCGAGGCCACCGCCAAUUUGAAGAUUCGGUCUCAAGAGGUACCGGAGCUGGAGUCGACGUACAAGUCGAUGAACCAUUCCCGUAACCGCAACAGCGUCUCGACAUUGGGUAUCGAGGAGUUCCUGGAGGUACAGGAAAUUCGAUUUCCUUCUCCUGAACCAGAAAGACCAAAACAGGAGCGCAGACGUUCAUGGUUCGGUCGAGUAAAAGAGGACAAGCCAUUGCUACCAAGCAAGCGAAACAGCAAGAGGAACAGCCGCGAUAUCAGCGGCAUAAGUGAAGUGCAUGCCAUGGCUAUCAUUAAUGGGCUAGACGCCGGAGUCUCUAGUAUUGGAGGAACUCCAUAUGAUGCCAUCCCAAGCCGCAGAAACUCACAGCUUCAGCAGCGGCAGUCAUCUCAGACGCAACGACCUAACAAGCUCAGGCACAGGUCCAUGAUGGAUGCAGAGACGGCAGCUCGGUUUGCUCGGCAAAAGAGUGCAUCUAUCAGAGAGCGUGAUGCCUGGAAGUCAAGGGCUUCUUCAUUCGACGGUCGGGAAUAUGCCACACGGGCAUACCGUCCCAAUCUGGUUCUAAACAUGCCACCCAUGCCUAUCAAGCCACUUUUGCAGAACCCGCAUCAUGUCUACACGCCUGCUCCGACAGCUGCACCUCCACCGCCUCCGACGCUUGACAGACUUUCGGCUCCCGAGAGAGCACCGCCGCCACCCCCUCACUCUCCUCGGCCAUCAGAGGUUAAUCACUACGACUUCGAGAAAUAUGGAAACGAUGAUACUGCUCCAGCACCUCCUCCCCACUCCCCACGUCCAACAGAAGUGAACCGUCAGGACUACUUCGCUGAGCCAGAGGAAUAUGACAACGAUGCACCUGCGCCUCCACCACCCUCGCACUCUCCUCGUCCCAUGGACGUUUCAGACAACGGUUGGGCUUCUCAAGCUGCAACUUGGGCUGCUCACCGACAACAGGCCGCAGAUCACUAUUCGCCCAUUGAAGACGAGGGUGACGUCUAUCCGACCAUUCCACUUCGUGGCAAAGCCCUGUACCAUCCGAACACUAGUAGCACGAGCUUGGACUUUGACUCUCAUCGUUGCAGCUCCCCUCGUCACCACAAGCACACGUCCUUCAACGAAGACGACUAUCAACGGCAGCCUCGGGGGCGCACGCCGAGCUUCGAGCAGCCAAGAUACUAUGAUCGUGGGGCCGCGCUACGAAGUCACCCUAACACGCCCGCACGCUUGAGAGGUGCCAGUCCGACGCCGCAGAGUCGCUCGCGAAGCCGGUCGCCCGCUCAUUCGCGUGACAAUUCGCGUAGCACUUCUGAGCGCAACUCGAGGUCCAGGUCGAGGGAUCAACCUUCCCAACCGGGCCUGGCCCCGUUCGUGGACAAGGCACCGAGGCUACCGAGCCCAGCAUUCGGACGCUUCAGUGGUGGCUUGGGAUUUGGAUUCGACAGGGAAUUCGGUGGAUUAGGUGGAAGUGCAGGGACAAGAGAUGGCAGCGAAAACAACAAAGGCGGGUACAAGAGCUUGGACGUCAGGUUCGCGCAUGGACUAGAUCUGGGCGACGUGCCUGUUAGUAUGGUGGGCAUUCGAGGCUGA